UCGCGCGGAAGAUUUGAGUUGUUUGAAUGACUGCCUGGAAGGACGCCGAAUGAUUGUGUUUUUAGCUAUGUAGUAGCAAUGGCCAAAGUAUCUAGAUCGAGUUCAACAUUUAACUCGUCGUCGGAAGGGAACUUGUCUGUUUCUGGUCGUAGUAAUGGAAGUUUGAGAGUGGCAGAGAAAAAAAGAAGAAAGAACGAGGCGGAGGAUCCACUUCUGCUUGCCCUGAAGUACUUUUCAGAGGUUGAGGCAGGUACCCAAGUUAAAGGCAAUGAUAUGCUGGAGGUUAACCUGGUGCAUGUCGAGAGAGUUGGCCUCAGUCAAGGACUACCUCCAGAGGCCAUUUCUGUCAUGCUGGAGUUCGUCAUGAGUCUUCGCAUGGGGAGUGCUCCGUGUGCCCGGGUGCUGAAGUUCCUGAUCCCUGCUACAGUGGUCCCACAGGAGGCUGUUGUACGAGCGGUGGCAUGGCUGUGCAUCGGCAAGAUACCAGUCAGCACACAGGUUCUUUUCCUGAAGUGGGUCCUGACUGUCUUUGACAUGAUUGACUCCAAGGACCACCUGAGGGCCAUCUAUGGCUUCAUCUUCAGCUUUGUGAAAGAUGACAAUCUGUCUCCCUUUAUCUGUCACCUACUAUUCCUUUUGACCAGGAGGGAAAGUGUUAGCCAGUUCAGAGUGAGAAAGCUACUGGAGCUUCAGUCUAAGAUGGGACGGCAGCCUUUCCUGUCACACCUGCUGUCACUCUACAAAGUGUUCUGCCCGGAGCUGGUGACGCUCUCCCUUCCAUCGCGAAUGAGGAGUGGGUUUAAAAACCACAACGCUCCGUGGAAGGCAGCACUGAGUGUAGUUCAGAGGAGGGCCAACAGUCAGAUCACCUCAGGUGUCGGCCUGACCCUCGGCGCAAAAGACAAGACCAACUCCAAGAAAAGGAAACUGCACCACUUGGAGCUGCCGUCCCCCAGCCCUGCAGUGCAGAGCCAGGCCACCCCGCCCUCCUCCUCCUUCUCCUGCAGGAAGGUUCUCCCCCUGGUGCAGCUCCACUCCUUCUCUCAGCUUCUGGACCACCUCCACCACAUAGAGCUCCCGGCCCAGAUGGGCUCUUUGUUGGGCUCCAGCCUGGCGCUCCACUACCUGGACUGUGUUCAGGACGACUCGGCCUUCCUCUGCCUCAACUACUGGCUGGGCCACGCCCUUCACGAGGAGUUUUUGUUCUGCAGUGACGGGGUCUCCCAGAGUUCGUCCGAGGUGCUGCAGUUCCUCCAAAUGUUGCUCUCCACCCAGAACUUCCUCCAGGAGGGCUUCACCAGCACAGAGGCCUUCCUCUACAAGUUCCUGAGCGUCUGGGACGGCUCGCUCCUCCGCCCCCAGAUCCUGGGCCUGCUGAGUGACAUCCCCGUGGUGCCCAGCGCUUGUAUCAACCAACUUCUGUUUGAGCCGCUCAUGCAGCUGUUCUUCUCCUCUACUCUCUCCUUCAAGUGCAGUGUGCUAGACUGUUUGAACAGCAUGCUGUUGAAGUGGCUUACAUGGCACUCUGUCUAUGCUCUGGAGGACGGCCUGGACAUCAGCCUCAACAGCCACACCCCGAUGAGCAUGACCCUGUCAGGGUUCAUGGACUCGGUGAUGGAGCUGGUGUGCUUCGUGGGCAGGCUGGCCUCUGCAGGGCUGCAGCUGGAGGGCUGCCACUCCCUCCUCCUCAGCUAUGUCCUGGACUUCUACCAGACGGUGUGUGACAUGUUCCUGAAGUACAGCCUUCCCCUGGUGGUGCUGCCCCCCAGUGGAGUGUUCUACCCCGCCCUGCUGGCCACAGACCCCGUCAGCGUGGACCGCCUGGCCCACAUCAUGGUCAGGUACAAGAAUAACCUGACCUCGGCCAAAAGUCAAGAUCAGCAGAUGAAGGCCUUCCAUAUCAGCAGACAGACAUACAAGGACUUCAACACCUAUCUGUUGGCCAUGGUGGGCUCUCUGUGGAACUCAAAGACCUUCCUGCCUGGCAUGGCUUUGGAGAUGGCAGAGGCCGUGCUGGCACGCAGCAAAGUACCAGAGUACUGGAGGAGCUUCGACUUCAUCCACCACCCAGCCUUCCUGAGCCUCGCCAUCCACUUCCACCACCAGUGCUGGCCAGAGAGGAGAGACAUGGACCUCAAUUCCAUAAAGAAUGGGAAACAUUGGGACUGGUACUUGGAGUUUCUCUUCAAUCAUGGUCUGGAGGGCCUCAGACUGUUUGUCCACAGUAACAUCAACCGGCGCCCCGCAGCAGAAAGAAACCUGAGCCAGGGAGAUAGUCAGCCCGCAAACGCCAGAUAACAGGCCUAACCAUUUGAGAAGAAACACAAGAACUUGGAUCUUUUCUAUGUUGUAAAGCAGUGGUCCUCAGAGUCUAUUGUCUUGUAUGUUUUAGAUGAUUCCCUGCUCCAACACACCUGAUUCUAAAGAAUGGGUUGUUAUCAAGCUCAGCAGAAGCCUGCUGACAACU